AUGGGCCCUGCGACUCCAAGCAGCCUCAUGCCUUAUUUCGACCCUCCUCUACCGUGUUCAUUCGACCACGAAGGUUCAAAACCAGAAUGCUAUGCAGAACAUGCAAGGGUGAUCCCAGCUGUCACAAAUUUCAUGCCACCUAGUUCGGUCGUCGAACUUACCGAAACGACACCUCCCUUGUUCGAUCCCAUCAGCGUACAUCGCAUCAGUUCAGAUACGAUCGUUAAAGUGGAACACUACCAUCAUUACGUCGAAGCUCUCAAUCUCUCCAUGAUUCGGGCGAUGACCACGAUACCAGUUCCCGAAGUGCGCCAAAUCGUUCAGCACAAAACUUUCACAUACCUAGUGAUGGAAUACAUCGAAGGGCGUACAUUGGACCAAUGUUGGUCGGAGCUGAGCCAUAUUCAGAGACUCCGUGUUGCGCAGACACUGCGGGGGUACAUUGAUCAACUGCGUACGCUCACACGCGCUGUACCGGGUACUCUGGACGGUUCGGCCUGUGUGGGACCGUUUUUCUCCGCUAUUGAUGCCGAACCAUUCGCGAGCUACGAUGAGCUCGUCGACUGGUACAAUCACAAGGUCGAUGUCGUCAAGAAGAUGCGGAAGGCGCCUCCCGAUAUCGGCACCUUCGACGACUCGGCACCUCUAGUAUUCACGCACCAGGAUCUGAAUAUGAGGAACAUCAUCCUCGCGAAUGACGGGACUCUCUAUGUUAUUGACUGGGGUUGGUCCGGGUUUUACCCUGAGUGGAUGGAAUACGCCUGCAUGGCGAGAUACGAUGAUGCACCACAGUCAUGGAAGGAUCUGAUCCCCUUCAUUACAGGUCCCCAUGAGGAUAUGUUCAAUCUCCUGUGUGACAUUGGCUGGGCUUUAGAAGUUGGCUAUAUGAUGUAA